GAUUUAUUAAGAAACCAAGAGGAAAAAAAUUAACCCUUUACAGCGCGAAAGCGGAAGCGGAAGUGAGGAGUAGACACGUGCUGCGCUGUGAACGAGAGGAGCGCGUGCUGGAGCAGCGACAGACAUGAAGAGACCGAAGUUGAAGAAGGCAAGCAAACGCGUAUCAUGCGCCAAACGCUUCAAAAUACAAAAGAAGGUUCGGGAGCAUAACCGUAAAUUACGGAAAGCGGCAAAGAAGACAGGGAUAAGCAGAAAGCCAAAGAAAGAUGCUGGAGUACCAAACAGUGCACCUUUUAAAGAGGAAGUGCUUCGAGAAGCUGAGCAGAGAAAACAUGAACUUGAAGCUCUGAAGGAGGAAAACAAGAUUGCAAAACAGCAAGAAAGAGCUGAAAAGAGGAAAAAGGAGAAAGAAGCUGCCAGUGCUGAAGUCGAACCUGCAGCCAAGAAAGCCAAGCAAGCCAAAAAGGAAAGAAAGGCGAUGAAAGCUAAAGAAGCAAGGGCUGCUUUAGUUAAAGAGAAAAGCGCUAAAGCAUUCAAAUGCUGUGAGCUAAACAAGGUUAUUGAGGCAUCUGACGUGAUAGUGGAGGUUUUGGAUGCUAGAGAUCCUCUGGGCUGCCGCUGUCCUCAGGUGGAGGAAACUGUCCUGAAACACGAGGGAAAGAAAAAACUCAUGUUCAUAUUGAACAAAAUAGAUCUUGUUCCUAAAGAUAACCUAGAGAAAUGGCUUGGGUAUCUUCAAGCUGAGUGUCCAACGUUUCUCUUUAAAGCAUCGAUGCAACUAAAAGACAGAACUGUGCAACAGAAGAAGCAGAGAGGAGCUAAUGCAGUUCUGGAUCACAGCAGAGCAGCUUCAUGUUUUGGAAGUGACUGUCUCCUACAGACGCUUACUGACUUGGCUAACAAGAAGGAUGGCGAGACCAUGCUUAAAGUUGGCGUUGUCGGCUUCCCUAACGUGGGAAAGAGCAGCAUCAUCAAUAGUCUGAAAGAAAUCCGAGCGUGUAAUGUUGGCGUACAGAGAGGAUUGACCAGGUGUAUGCAGGAAGUGCAUAUUACUAAGAGGUUGAAGAUGAUUGACAGCCCAGGGAUUGUGGCUGCCCCCAGUAACCCAGGAGAUGUGAUGGCCCUCAGAAGCCUGCAGGUGGAGGAGAAGGAGGAGAGUCCCCUGGAAGCAGUCAGGACUCUACUCAAACAGUGCAGUCAGCAGCAUAUAAUGCUACAGUACAAUGUCCCAGACUACAGAAACUCCUUAGAGUUCUUGACCACCUUGGCCAAGAAACGAGGUUUCCUGCAGAAAGGUGGCGUUCCAAACACAGAGCUGGCAGCCACAACAUUCCUCAACGAUUGGACUGGGGCUAAACUAAGUUACCACUGCAGAGUUCCAGAGCGGCAGGGCCUGCCCUCAUACCUCUCAGAAUCCAUCGUGACUGAACUGCAGUCAGAUCUGGAUAUGAACAUGGUGAGGAGAGGCAACAUGAAUGUUAUCAGAGGUGUGCGGUUCCCAAAUCUAGCGAGCAGUUUAAGUUUUACCUCAAAAGGCCCCACUGCUGGUGUGCUGAAUGCCAGUGAGCUGCGUAAAGAGAUGAUAACAACGACAGCAACGACCACAACGACAAAAGCAGAUGAGAUGGACAUGACCACAAGCACAGACAAGCCUGAGGCUGAAACCCCCAUUUCAAAGAUGGUGACACCGAUUCAGGAAUCAACACAAAAGAGAAAAGACAAGCCAACGAAAAAAACUAAAGUGAAGUUUGUCAACGUUGACCUGACUUCAAUGCAGAACAACAACAAUGACAACGCAUAUGAUUUCAACACAGAUUUUGUGUAAAAUUUCACCAGAAAAUGCAGAUUUUUAUGGACUGAGAGGAAUCAGAUUGUGAAAUGGCACUGGUUAGAGUGCAUCUGUAUGUAUUCAUAAUUAAAUUGUGUGUUCAAUCUUAUUUGAGUAAAUAAAGGGUUAAUACUCCUUACAUUGCAUACAAAACUUA